AAACUUAUUCCUCGCAAAAUAUUAAUGUCCCGUACACACACGGAAGACUCCCCAAGGUCAACAACAAAGCGAACAGAAUAGUCCCCGCAAAACUAGAUCGAGAACUCUCUAACAAUGCGGGGAGGAAAUAUUUAAUGAUGAUUGGCCUUAAAUUACCCUCUCAAAAGCGCCGACGUCCCGCUCGCGCACCCCUGAUCCACCGCCUCUCGUCCCUCUCACGCGAACAGGGAAUCUAUAUAAAGAACAACAGGUAAGCGCCCCGAGACAUUCCCCCGUGGGACACCCGACUGUACGCACCUGUUCGAAUUUACGUCACUAUGGCCGCCGAAACUUACGGACAUCGCUUAAUCUACUCCGAGAAAGACAUGUUCCCAUCUGAAAUGUUGGAAUACUCAACUGAAGACUGUUAUCUGUCCUGGCCGAGAUCUCCUGACUCCGGAAGGUCGAGUUUGGAGCCGACACCUUCCAUGGACGGCAGCAUCAACGAUUCUCCGAACCAUAUUGCAUAUCGAGGACUUUCGCGAGAAGUUUUCGAAGACAGUGCUGAAGACUCAGAGCUGCUUGAAGGUUCUGGAAAAAGGAGAGGACGAGCGACCAGCACUGCUGUGCUGAAGAGGAGACGUCUAGCUGCUAAUGCGAGGGAAAGGCGGCGAAUGCAGAACCUCAACAAGGCAUUUGACAGACUUCGGGGCCAUCUUCCAUCGCUUGGUGCCGAUCGUCAGUUGUCCAAGUACGAAACUCUUCAGAUGGCACAAACGUACAUCGCCGCUCUCUACGAACUACUGCAAUAGGUAAUAGUGUCCAGUGUAGUGACUUGCCAAAAUCGUCUAGAAAUGAUUAAUACAGGGAUUUUAUUUAUUGUAAAAAUUAAGUACCAGAAUACUCAGUGUUACCAAUUUAAGCACUUAAUUAACUUUUGCGGUU